AUGCGCUUAGUCAGCGCAAUUCUCAUCCCGCGGCGAAAGUCUACUUGGGGAAGACUCCACCGCACGGUCUGUAACGACGAGGUCCGUCUAGGGCUUUCGUAUCAGCGUUCGGGAAUCGGACAACACACUUCCGGGGCAGACGGUGUGCCUUGGAAGUCACGGACGCGGCGAAACGCCCAUAUCACCAGUAGCCAGCAACAGGCUGCUCAACUGGAAGCGCGGAUCUCGUUGGUGGAAAGUAUCCUCUGCGAUACAUUGACGAAUGAUCUCUCAACGGGGUAUGGUGCGAGUCAGGGCCAAUUAAUGAUCGGCGUGGAGCUGCAGUGUUCCCCGUCUGGCCUUCUUGCAUCGCCCGGCAAGGGGAGGUUGCCUGGCCUCCAGCACGGAUGGCUGGACUCGAAGUCCGCUUCGAUCAUCCCGGACGCGCAGCAAUUUGUACGGUCAGUCCUGGGUCAUUCGGCGAAUCUGGAGGCUCUCUUCCGACCCUGUACGCCAUGGAAAUACUAUACUCCUGAGUACGGGAGCCUGGAGACACCGAAACCAACGUUUCUGGAACUCCCAGACGUGUGCAUUAUCAAUGACUAUGUGGCAGCAUACCACAGCUCAUCGGUACACUUUAUUCUUCCCGUAAUCGACCGAGAUCUAUUCCAGAGCACUGUCAGCCUUGCCUUUUCAACCUCAUUCACCUCAGGGGCCUGGAGUGCCAGAGCAUGUGUUUGGGCCUUUCUCUGUUUGUCGUCGAUAUGGAAUUUUCCCGUGGCGCAUCGGCCGCUGGCCGAUGCCACAGUCCUCGCGAGGAAAGUUGAAAGCUACGUACCUCGUAUACUUCACGAAGAAACUCUUGACGGGCUUCAAGCUCUUAUAAUGCUGAUGGCCUUUCACAGUUUCUCCGGGAACCUUCAGACCGGACUCUAUAUUGAUUCUCUAAUAAGCCGACUGCUCUAUAAAUUUGGUGUACAUGUGCAUCGUCCGCAAGGGUCGGCUUUGGGGCCAUUUCCCCACGCGAAGGUUUCGUCCCAGGUUGAUUGUCACCUCCGGAGUUUGUUCUGGACGGCAUAUGUAAUUGACAAAGAAUUAUCCAUUCGAAUGGGUCAACCAGCCGCCAUCCAGGACGAAGCUUGUGAUCUCACAAUUCCCCCGGGAUAUGGUGACCUGCUCAGCAGUCUCCCACUGUUUCGAGGGCAGGGUCAGACGGAGCCAGCUGGAUACUUAUAUCUGACUGACCUACGAUUGAUACAAAUCAAAGCUCGCAUAUAUGAUGCAAUCUACAGUCAGCCAGCCAUAAGCAAGGCUGAUGCUGACCUCUUCAAGGUUAUACGGGAUUUGGACGAAGAGCUUGAGAUGUGGAGGCUUUCACUACCUGCACAAUACCGACCCUCGCUUUCAUCGGCCAAUCAGCAAGUGACGAAUAUAACCCCUCCCUUCAUUGUUCAUGCCAUCAACCUACAGAUGGACUAUUAUCAUUGCGUAACCAUGAUCCAUCGAGCAUGCGCUCGAUCCAAGGUAUGGCAGAGUAGUAGUCCCACUGUGCCCCAAGGCAUUCUCACUUCCUUCAAACUUGCGGUGGAAUCGAGCAGAACAUGCCUCAAUCUUCUAAAGGCUUUAUUGCCGAGAUUGCCAGAGGGAACAUUCUGGUGUUUUGUUUUCCAUCCAUUGUCCGCUUGUCUAACGAUAUUUGGGAACAUCCUCCUUUUUCCCGUAAACUCGGAUACCGCUCAGGAUUUUGCCCAGCUCGAGUCUGCAGCGUCCUUAAUCAGGGCACUCCCUAUGAGCCCCAAGCAAACAUACAAGCAUGGACUGGUGGAAUUUAUCACAAAACUCAGUGAACGUGCAAGACAGGCGAGUCGCGAAUCAGGUCUCUCUUUUGUUACGACUCAUGGCCGAGUAUCGGGCUUUUCACCUUAG